AUGGCGUCAAUUCAAAAGUCUCGGCCACGCGCUUUUCCAACCUCGGGAUUUGAGGUCUUAGGCGAUUCUAGAGCCUUGGAAGAAGAAGCUCUCCCUGAUUAUUUGAAAGACCGCUACUAUUCAGUGCAUAUCGGCGAAGUUUUCAAAUCGCAAUAUCAGUACGCUUGCAUAGAUGCCUAUCGUGAACUCCACGUUCGAAGCAAACGACGACUCCCUGAGGUGGAGAUCUCGAAGCACUUGCAGACAAUUCAUGACGUUCAUGGUGGUGAAAAGUACGUCCGGCUGGUACUUGACUCAUUCGAGAUUUCUGGCCCAUGCGGUGUGCAUACCUGCCUCCUGUCUGCGCCUGCAGGUAUCGACAUCCGCGAUUAUAUGCACUGUCUCCAGGGCGAUGCCUUACCGGAAGCUUUACUCCGACCUGCCCUCCGGUUUGUCCUUGUUGCGCUGGACUACCUCCACCAAGCCAAAGUAAUCCAUACCGAUAUUCAGCCGCAUAACAUUCUUCUUGGCAUUGAUGACGAGUCCAUCCUUUCUGAAAUGGAAGAGGAUGAGGUUUCUAAUCCUGCCCCGCGAAAGCAGCUUGGUGACCGUACCAUUUAUGCCACUCGUGCAAUGCCUCUGACUGAAGGCGAGCCAGUCGUUGCCGAUCUUGGAGAGGCGCGCAUUGCUGAAGGGAACCAAAUCGGCCUCAUCAUGCCAAGUGUUUACCGAGCGUCAGAAGUAAUGUUGGGCAUGCCGUGGGAUAACAAGGUCGACAUAUGGGCUGUCGGUCAAAUGACAUGGACAUUGUUCGAGCAGGGGCAUCUUUUCUCAAAUCAAACUCUGGAAAAUGAUACUCAGCACGCCCAGCGAUUUGCCGAAAUGAUUUCCCAUUUGGGGCCACCACCGGUUGAAUUCCUUAGACGAAGUGAAGAAAGUCUAGAAUUCUGGGACGAGAAUGGUAAUUGGAGAGGCUCUGUAGAUAUCCCAGAGCAAUCUCUGGAAAGUCGUGAAUCGAGACUUGAGGGCAGUAACAAGACUCUUUUCCUCGAAUUCUUGCGCAAGACUCUAUGUUGGUUGCCUGAAGAAAGGCCGACUGCGAUGGAGCUCUUGGCAGACGAGUGGCUAAGAGGGGACGAUUAUUGA